CCUUCCUGCCUACCCCCACUGUUCCUGCCCUCAGGCCACUCCAGCAUCCGGCGGGCCAGGAACCUCAGAAGAUUUCUUGCCUCCUUUCUCUCUCCUCCAGGGGCCCCGUUCGAUGUCCCCAUCUGCCCACAGCGCCUGUCAUCCCAGCUGCUCCUCUUGUCCUGCCCUUGCUCAGACCACCCGAGCAUCAUCCGUGCUCUGGCUCCUGGCCACCAGGUCCACCCCACAUGCUGUCCUCACAGGUGGCGCCUCGCCAUUCUUGGGGACCAGGGCCUCCUUGUUCUGGUCAUACACAAUGGGGUGUAGAUCGAGCGACAAGUGAGCAGGUCUGCACGCCAGGUGGGCCGAGGGUGGCCAUUCCGGUGUCAGUGUGGGGGUGUGAGGGAACGUUGCAUGGGGUGCACGUGGGCUGGGUGUGGCGUGCGGCGGUGUGGCACCAGGCAGGCGGCUUGGCGGGGCCCACGAUCAGCGCAGUUGAGACCAUUAGGACGGUUAAAACCGUUAGCUGCCUGUCGCGGAGAGGGCGGGGCCCUGAGGACGGGACGGAAUCCCAGUUGGUCGAGACACUGGGGGCGGGGCCGCGCGUGCUACCAUUAGGACAGUUAAAACCGUUAGCUGCCUGUCGUGGCGGGGCGGGGCCCUGGGACGGGACGGAAUCCCUAUUGGUCAGAAGAGGACCUGGGGGCGGGGCCGCGCGUGCUGUGGCAGCUGCAGCUGGACGCCGCCACCUCGAAGCCACGUCAGGGCAGCCCCAGGUCGGGCGCGCGCCAGCAGCAAGAGGUAUAACUGUAAGAAAUGAACUUUAAUGUCUGGAAUAUCAAAGAGAUGCUCAGUAUUCCUUCAGGCUCUGGGAACAAGAAGUUAUCCAACUGGAAUAAUAAUCAAAAUGAUUAUUCCAGUCUCAGCGAUUCCCAGUUCCUCUUUGGAUCUCAGUUCUGUCCAGAAAAUUCAGAAACCCUAUCAGCACCCUUGGACUUCGGUCCCCACUUGAGACAUUCAAAACAGUCACAACAGAAUUCUCUGGAGGGUGAACCUAGCAUUUUUGCAAAGUACCAGACAAAGCCCCAGCUGUUUGGAGGAGAUAUAAAAGAUGGAGGUUUAUUUCCUCCUCCUUUGUCAGUUGGAAAAUCAAAAGGCCUCUUGGAACAGUUUGAGGAGAAAAAGAAAAGGGCAAAAGAUAAAUGUGACAGUGAGACUCUAUACAACUUUGUUUCUAAUGUUAGAGAAAGCAUUCACAGGUUGCAGACGUCUGUGGAAAAGUCUGAGGAACAUCUCAGUUCAAGAAGCCAAUCUAUUUUGGAUUCUUUGGAGACUGUGGCCAAGACAUUACAAGAGACUGUGCAGGUUCAGAAUGACCUGGUGUUUGAGGCAGUCCAGGACAAAGGCAACAUGGAGCAGGCCAUUCUUGAGAUGAAGAAAAGAUCUGAAGCUAGACAAGCAGAGUUUAUAGAAAUGAAGUCCAACCUGAAGCACCUUGAAGUUUUAGUUGCUCAGCAGAGUCAGGAAUUCCAGCAGCUGUGUGAGCAGCUAGGCCAGCUGAAUGUGCCUAGUGUCCUAGCAGAGCUGAAGAGAUUGAUCUCAGUGCCUCCAGUACCUGGGCAUGUAAAAGACAGCGCUUCUCAGACGUCGCCACCUUUGGCCCAGAGCCCCAAUCUCACCGGGCAGGAAAAAUACACCUUUGAGAAGCCAGUUUUAUGGCAGGCCCAGGCCUUCCCUGCUGCAUGGAAUCCUGGUAUGGGUUCCCUACAACCUGGAGAAUUUGGUGUCUGGGGUGAAGGAGCAAAGAAUGAUGCUCUCCAAGAAGAGGCUGCACUGCCAGCAUUUGGGUCCCAUGAAAGAAACAGGCAUGUAAAGGACAAGGCAGUGCAGACUAACUGCAAGAACUGGGCUGUUAUUAAAACAGGUGCCAAGAACUGUGGUUCCAGCAUCCAAGGCCAUAAGAUUCCUAGUGACAGGGACCUGGUUUCCCAAGGAGCCUCACAGCUCACAUCACUGGAGAUAAACAACUUUUCAACCAGCAUUAAGAAUGCCUGCCAAAAAUACCAAGCCCAAAGUAUGUUUUUGUGUGACCCAUGUGAACAUUUGGUGACUAAACAGAAAGAUGGGACUGAAGAAAUGCAGGGGAAAGACAAGAAGCAGCAGCCCAGGAAGGCCCACAGGGCCCACAGAGGCAGGCUCCUAGCCAGGAAGCAAAAACAAAUCCCAAACCAGACCUGUAAAUUCAAUUCCAAAUAUCAGAGUCCUCAGCCUGCAAUUUCUGUCCCACAAAGGCCCUUACUGGGGCAGCAGGAACCCCAUGCUCAGCCUCUGCAUCUGCAAUAUCCCAGGAGCCCCAGAAAACCAGUCUGCCGUAUUCUGGGAGGAACAGUCGUGCCCAAUAAGACAGCAAGGGCAGUGCAGGGAAGACUCUUGCAGUUCAGCAGAUGCUCUUCCCAAGACAACAGGCUACUUUCCAGCAGUUCCCAGGGGGACCACCAGAUGAGCUGGUUCAGUGACCUCAAUCUUGGAUGUUCAGAGACCCCUCUAUGCAAGGAGGCAGGAAAGAAUUUGCUCUAUGACCUGGGUUUUGAUAGCAGUGAUGAUGAUGGCUUCUGACCAGCCCACAGUUGAUUUAUUGGUCUCAGCUAGAAAGACAAAUCGCAGGACAUUUGGGCUGGCCAAGAGCAGAAAGUCCCUGAAGCCUGCCAAGUACCCUAGAGUCAGAGGCCCUGCUGAGGUGGGGUCAAUGGGCACGAGGGGAGGGAAGGUCCAGCACUCUGGGUACCAGACGCUGCCCAUGACAAGGAUUAAGUGCAUCCUUACUUGUUGGAAUGAAAUGUGAAAAUGGUGGUGAUGAGAGCUGAGGCAGCAGCCUGGUGGUGGUGGUGCAUCUGGAGCAGGGUGCCUGUACUUGGCGAAAGGCGGGCAGGCCUCCUUAUGGAAUACUGUGUAGCAGAAGGGCUCUCAUAAAACUUGCUGUGGCAGCAUGACUCCAAACAACAUUUUUGGGUCUUUAAAAUAUUCCCUACACAUGACCAAUACAUUUUCAGGCCUCAGGA